AUGCAGUCGAUGAAGGAAACAGCUUCCAACAUUGCAGCUUCUGCAAAGUCUGGCAUGGACAAGACCAAAGCUACCUUGGAGGAAAAGGCGGAGCAGAUGAGGACACGAGACCCUGUUCAGAAACAGAUGGCCACACAGAAGAAAGAAGGGAGGAUCAAUCAAGCUGAGAUGGAGAAGAGGGAAACGCGUGAGCACAACGCUGCCAUGAAAGAAGCCAGUGGAGCUGGAACCGGAAUCGGAACCGGGUUGGGAUUGGGGUCGGCCACUCACUCGACCACUGGACACCUCGGACACGGCACUGGGACACACCAGAUGUCGGCUUUGCCUGGUCACGGAACCGGACACCCAACAGGCCACGUUGUGGAGGGUACGACCCUGACCGAACCAAUCGGAACGAACACUGGAACUGGACGUACCACCGCUCAUAACAGCCGUGUCGGUGGUGGUGGUACCACUGGAUAUGGAACCGGUGGUGGAUACACUGGAUAA